AUGACGUCAUACCUCGACUCUGAGUGUACCCCCGUCGUCAUCGACAACGGCUCGGGGAUGUGUAAAGCUGGUUUUGCCGGGGACGACGCCCCCCGGUGCGUGUUCCCUGCCGUGGUGGGGCGCCCCAAGUACCAGACAGUCAUGGCGGGCAUGGGGUUCAAGGACGCCUACAUCGGUGACGAGGCUCAGGCCAAGCGGGGAGUUCUAACCCUCAAGUACCCCGUGGAACAUGGCAUCGUCACCAACUGGGACGACAUGGAGAAGAUCUGGCACCACACCUUCUACAACGAGCUGCGGGUGGCGCCCGAGGAGCACCCCGCCCUCCUGACAGAGGCGCCCCUGAACCCCAAGGCCAACAGAGAGAAGAUGCUUCAAAUCAUGUUCGAGACGUUCAACGUGCCGGCCUUCUACGUUAGUGUCCAGGCUGUACUGAGCCUAUACGCCUCAGGUAGAACGACAGGGGUGGUGACAGACUCAGGGGACGGGGUGACCCACGUGGUGCCCAUCUAUGAGGGCUACUCCCUCCCCCACGCCAUCAGCAGGGUCAACUUGGCCGGCCGGGAUCUGACCAGCUACCUGCAGAGAAUUUUGAGUGAGAGGGGACACAGGUUUAACACGUCAUCAGAGUUGGAGAUAGUGCGAGACAUCAAGGAAAAACUCUGCUACGUCGCGUUGGACUUUGACAAAGAACUGGAAACCAGCGCGAAAUCUUCCUCUAUCGAAAAGUCCUACGAACUUCCUGAUGGUACGAUUAUUGCUAUUGGCAACGAGAGAUUCCGCUGCCCGGAAGUACUGUUUCAGCCAUCUUUUAUUGGGCUAGAGUCGGAGGGUGUGCACGAAAUUCUGUAUAAAGCGAUUCAAGCGUCGGAUGUUGAUAUUCGCAGCGACCUCUAUAGCAACACUGUGCUGUCAGGGGGGACAACUUUAUACCCGGGCAUCGCGGACAGGAUGAAGAAAGAGUUAUCCGCCAUGGUCGCGUCCUCUAUGAAAGUGAAGAUUAUCGCCGCCCCUGAGAGGAAGUAUUCGGUGUGGAUUGGAGGAUCAAUACUGGGAUCGUUGUCGUCCUUCCGACAGAUGUGGAUAACGAAGGAAGAGUUCGACGAAAGCGGGCCGUCCAUCGUCCACAGGAAAUGUUUCUAGAAGGUUCUGUCUGGUGUCUACGCCAAUUGUUGGACUGUCUAAAGGCGUUUGUUUACCUUCAUUUUUUAUCUAUUUCUUACUCUCUGUAGAAAAGAAAAUUAAUCAGCCUCUUCCCAUCCAAUUGAUCGCUUCACA